AUGCUUGCAAGAAUGGACGAGCUCAUGGCCAUGGUGUCAAUAGCGACAAGUGACGAUGACUUUCGAGAAAAAAGGCAGCGCAUUGCCUCGAAGCUUCGAAAAACUUCCUAUGAGCUGAUGCGCGCGACCUCUCCAGGCAGGGCCAGGGAGGAGGACGUGAGCGGCAGUGAAGUAUGGGAAGGCGUCGAUCCACCCUCGCAUCAUGACUCGGCGCUGGUGAUCAAGGAAUUGUUGCAGCGGUCACGCGAGGCAGAUGAGGUGGCGAAGUUGGCGAAGCUAAUCUCCUUUCAGGCUGUGCAACUGGAGGUCAAUGGCCGCCGGACGCAGGCAGCAGAGCAACGGUGCGAGGCACUGGAACAGCGUGCCAAGGCUGCUGAGCAUUGCGUGGAGGCACUGGAGAAAGAGCUGGAAUUGCGGCGCCGUCGUGCGGAUCUAUUGGAAGCGCACAGGAGGAUGUUGGCAGCAGACAACCUCGAACUACAGAAGCGACUUCAAAAAGCCAAGCCGCUGGAAAAGGAGGGAGAGGCUUCGGCUUCGGCUUCGGCGGCUUAUUUGCACAGGGAGGCCACCCAGCUCCUGGAGAAGCUCAGCCACCCACGCACCAGAAAUGCAGCUGAUGUGGCGUGGCAGGACACGCAGCAUUCCCAGCAUGGGCAGGGAACUGCAAGGUCACCUACAUAUGGCUCAGGCAGCGCUGGGCGUCUAGUUCCCGAAAGCCUUGCAGGCGACGCCAAGCUGCGAUGGGCAGACUGGCGGGUGCAGAACCGACCUUCAAAUGGACUGCACAUCGUCGACCAGAUGCGGAAACCUGCUAAUAUCAAGGUACCAAAAGGGUCAGCUAGUGGGCCUGCUGGCCAUGCUUCAGCGCCAACCCCGAGGUUUGCCGUGACAGGAAUUCCGUCGUGGUCCCGGCGGACGCUGCCUCCCCGCGUGGAGACGGCCAGGCCGCGGACCGGAAUGUGGGCGCCGUUCGAGUGGUGUGACGUCCGCGGCAUAUGA